UCUGUGAUUGGAUGCGUGUCGGUGCAGCCGCGUGCUCUGAUUGCGCUGAUUGGCUGUUCCAUGCACACGCUACACACCAUUGGACAGUCGCGCUGUCACUCACACAACACGGAAGAAUAGAAGGAAGUGAAAAAGGUUUGCGAUAGACAGCCUGGAGAAAAGCAGCCAUGCUUUGACAGAAACGUGCACAGGAUCAUCUCUAUCCUGAUAAUGAUAAGGAUGUCAUCCGGUGAAGUUGAGAAAUCAAAAGACUCUGAGAAAUCAAAAGACAAUGACAAGAAUCAACAGGGACCUGAGGUGGAACAUCACUCCCAGCCUGUCAAUGAUGUGUCGACCAAUGCAGAUGCAAGCACUGUGGCUGCGAAGAACCUGGCACUUCUUAAAGCCCAUUCCUUAGAUGUGAAGUUUGAGGUCGGUGAAGAGUAUGACAUCAUCGAGACCAUCGGCACAGGGGCCUAUGGCGUCGUAUCAUCAGCCAGGAGGCGGGACAACGGGCAACAGGUAGCAAUAAAGAAGAUCCCAAAUGCUUUUGAAGUUGUGACAAAUGCCAAACGCACACUUCGAGAGCUCAAGAUCCUGAAACACUUUAAACAUGACAACAUUAUUGCGAUUAAGGACAUCCUUCAGCCUGUGGUGCCUCCUUCAGCCUUCAAAUCGGUGUAUGUAGUCCUUGACCUAAUGGAGAGUGACCUGCAUCAGAUCAUCCACUCAAGACAACCACUGACCUCUGAGCACACACGCUACUUUCUGUACCAGCUGUUGCGUGGUCUGAAGUACAUCCACUCAGCCAAUGUAAUCCACCGCGACCUGAAGCCGUCCAACCUGCUGGUGAACGAGAACUGUGAGCUAAAGAUUGGGGACUUUGGCAUGGCCCGGGGUUUGAGUGCUGCCCAUGCUGAUGAGUCACGUUCCUUCAUGACUGAGUAUGUGGCUACACGUUGGUACCGUGCACCCGAGCUCAUGCUCUCACUUCACCACUACAGCCUUGCCAUUGACCUCUGGUCAGUGGGCUGCAUCUUUGCCGAGAUGCUGGGUCGGAAGCAGCUCUUCCCAGGCAAGCACUAUGUCCACCAGUUGCAGCUGAUUCUCUCUGUCUUGGGUACACCACCUGAGAGUGUGGUGGGUGCUAUUGGAGCUGAAAGAGUGCGCUCUUACAUCCAGAGCUUGCCUUCCAAGGCACCCAUGCCCCUCACGAGACUGUACCCACAGGCUGAACCUGUUGCACUGGACCUUCUGAAUGCCAUGUUGCGCUUUGACCCUCGUGAACGGAUUACUGUGUGCCAGGCACUAGAGCACCCUUACCUUGACAAGUACCAUGACCCAGAUGAUGAGCCUGUGUGUGUGCCUGCCUUCAAUUUUGAGUUUGACCGACAGCCCAUGGGGCGAGAGCAGAUCAAGGAGGCCAUACUUGCUGAAAUAGAGGACUUCCACCAAAAGAAACAAGGUAGCAGGAAGAUCCAAUUCAAGCCACUCCAGAGAUUGGGGCAAGUGGCAGGGAGCACAGGUAAUCAUGCCUAUCCAAUGGUGCCCAGUACUCAAAACCAGCCAAAUGUGACACACCCUCAGCAGCAGAAAGCAAGUCAAAAUUUGGUCAUAACACCGAGCUCAGUCAGCUUGGUCCCUUCAUUAAAUAAGCAAGCUCCUCCACCUGACUUUACCCAUCUUGCCAAUUAUUUGACACCAUUCACAAGAAGCUGUCAGGAUGUGGACAUGCCCAGCGCAAAUUCAGAUGGACAACCAGAAACCAUAGACCUCACCACUCCCACAUCCAGCCAAGGCACACCACCUUGUGGACCAACUGGAGACUGCACCAAAAACGAGUCUUCUGCAAAUCAAGCUCCUGCUGUACAGACAAUUCAGAGGCAGGCACUCCACCAGCCAUCAGCCUCUACAGCACCUCCAUCCAGUCUUACAAAAUCUGGGGCCUCUCUUUCUCUAUCUCAGACGCAAGCUCAAUCUCUCUCUCAGUCACUCUCUCGUUCACUUGGAAAAGGGGGGAAAGGAACUUCUGGGGAAAUCACUAGAAAAGAAGGAGCAAUAUCAGAUGAUACCAAAGCAGCACUCAAAGCAGCUUUGCUCAAGUCAGCACUAAGGCAAAAGGCACGAGAUGGAAGUGCUGCAGCCCUAGGUAUAGAUUUGGGCAGCGGGACUGGGAGCUCAUCUUCCUUGGUUUUGUCCUCUGGUCCAGAACACAGGAGACCUGUUACAGCACAAGAGAGACAACGGGAGAGAGAAGAGAAACGAAAGAAAAGACAGGAACGAGCAAUGGAGCGAAAGAAAAAGCUGAGAGAAAAGGAGAAAAAGGAAGGCAAAUCAGGCGAGUCCUUGGGUGGUGUCAUGCUGAGUGACAAUGACAAGAAGCUGCUGGAACGGUGGGGCCGAAUGAUGGACAAAUCACAGGUCCUAGACAAUAACCCUACUAAGUCCAAUAACAAUAAGAAAGGUUCUUGCCAGAUGCAGGCAACCAUGGGAAAAGGCCUGAUAAAGAUAUCGUCAGACACUGUGGAAUCAGUGCCAGACCAACAACCAAGUGGGUUGCAGGCGUUCAAACCACCCCAACAAAUAGUGCCUCAGAUUGGUCAGUGUGUGGCAUCAGGAAUGUUUCAUCCACAUUCCGCAUUCAAUUCCUUGUCAAUCCCUCUAGGCCCCACUCAAAAUGGAGACAUUGGGAUGGUGGCAGUUAGUGGAGGUGGAGGUGUAGCGGGUGGGGCUUUGGCCAUAGUUGGAGGUGGGACACUUGGUGUAGUUGCAACCCCAUGUAGCCUUGCCAAAAGUGAUGCAUUAAAACCCCAACCUCCGACUCAGUUCCAGGGGUGUGGGACAGUAAUAACCACAGUAGGGAACUGGACAGGGAACCAGACCAGUGGAGGAACAGCACAGCAGCAACAAGCACAAAUACCGCACCAGUCUCAGCAGAUCCAGCCGUCUUCUCCACAGCUGACCCAUGUGAGCUUACCCCAGCAGUCAGUUCUGCUCACUCAAACCCACUCAAAUCCGUCUCUUCCACACCCCCAACAAACUCAACCUCUUCCUAGUGUUGAAAUGCCCAUCACUAACCCUCCCAUCAAACUCUUCUCAUCAGACUCCUUCAUCAGCAAACCUCUAGCACUGACUCCCAAUGGGACAAGAGUUGGAAUUCAGGACACCAGCAGGUCUCUCCCUAACCAGAACUCAGUAGGUGCUUCUGAACCCCUGGAGAGGUUCUGUUCUGCCCUUGGCAAGCAGCAAAAUGGUACUCCUUCACAUGAACCUUCUCAUGGGGCAUCUGGAUCAUCUGCCCAAACUUGCCUCACAGACACUGGGCUACCAGGGAGCUGCAGAGCACCAGACAUCCAUACAGUCACACUACAGCUGUCAAAGUCACAGGUUGACGAUAUUUUGCCUCCAGUUUUUUCUGUGACCCCCAAGGGCAGUGGGGCUGGAUAUGGCGUCGGCUUUGAUCUUGACGAUCUCCUCACUCAGUCGUUCACUGACCUCCAGCACUCAGACCUCAGGGAAAGUCACAACGACUCUGCACCCCUCUCCGCAUCCUUGCUCUCAGAUUGGCUGGAAGUACACCGCAUGACCCCAGCCGACUUGGAAUCACUUCAGCAGGAGCUUCAGCUUGGAUCUCCCAUGAUUCUUUCUGACAACUCCAACCUCCCUUAGACUAGAUUCUAGCCAUAGACUAGAUUUCCAUCAUAGCAAUAUAGCACCUUAAUUUAUUC